GCACUGAUCCCAAUGUAACUCGUUUAACAGAAUUUAAAGAUCAGUAAUGCAAACCAAGAGUUCUAGUUUCGGGGCCCUGUUGAUCGCGUUUUGCGCGUAUUCAGCGAUGUCCCUGCAGUGGACGCCGGCCGGUGCCGCGAACAUCCUGGCUGUGCAGACAAUUCCUGCCAAGAGCCAUUGGAAUGUGCUGCGGGCUUUGCUUCGGGCGUUGACUGACCGCGGCCACACCGUAACCGUGUUUACACCGUUUCCAGACUGAGACCGAGAUGGUUAUACCGAGGUGAGUGUUUCCGAGAACUUAGAGAUGACGGUAGAAUUGAACGUGUCACUCUUGGUGGAUAUACAGUCCACACCAAACUUUAUCUCGUACAUCGUGAAUAAGACCCGGACCACUUGCGCAGCCGUAUUUGAACACCCACAAAUGCGAGAAAUAUUUGAAAGCAGGUCACGGGUAUAUGACGUGGUAGUGACUGAAGCGCUUUGGAUGGAUUGCGUGUCGUACGUGGCCACCGUUCUGUACAUUCCAACCAUAUACCUUAUCCCUUCGCCGAUCGUCACACACUCGGAGCGUCUGUUCUUCGGACACGUCCCCAACCCCGCGGCUGUUUCCAACGUGCUGUUCCAGCGCGGCGCUCCUAAAACUUUCUCCGACCGUUUCGCCAAUACGCUACAAUUAGUUUACAGUUCAUGGUUGUUAUGGCGCGAAGAACAGAAGCAGUGGCAAAUCAAACCGCUACCACACGACGCCGUGGACCUGGUAAAACCGUCGUUGACUUUCAUCAAUACGCAUUUUAUUACCGAACCUUCUAGGCCAUUGUCGCCGGACAUCGUACAAAUUGGUGGCAUACAUUUGGUCCCGUCAGGAUCGAUACCGAAGGAUAUUUUAGAAUUCAUUGACGACGCUCCUCAUGGUGUGAUUUACUUCACAUUAGGUUCGGUGAUUUCAAUGUCAUCGUUACCAGAAAAUAUUCUGAACGUGUUUCGAGAAUCAUUUUCCCAAAUUCCACAGAAGGUGUUGUAGAAAUACGAAGGCGAUAUGAAAGACAAACCAAAGAAUGUGAUGAUGCGUAAAUGGUUUCCACAACGCGAUAUACUUUUGCAUCCCAAUGUGAAACUGUUUAUCAGUCAUGGAGGUAUAUCCGGAGUGUACGAAACUGUGGACGCAGGUAUCCCUGUGGUCGGAUUUCCAAUUUUUUAUGACCAACCAAGAAAUAUUGACAAUCUAGUUGACGCCGGAAUGGCGAUUUCUAUGGACCUUUAUUCUGUAACUAAAGACAGUUUAUUAAAUGCAAUUUUACAAAUUGUCAAUGACAAAAAGUAUCGGAUAAACGCUAAAAUCGCUUCUAAACGGUUCAAAGACCGACCCAAGUCACCUGCGGACUCAGUAGUUUACUGGACUGAGUACGUUUUACGUCAUAACGGUGCGCCACACUUAAAAUCUCAUGCGCUAAAUCUGACGUGGUAUCAGUAUUUUUUAAUUGACGUAAUAAGCACAUUUUUAUUCAUUGCGUUUAUCGUUUUAUUUAUGGUUUUUUAUGUCCUUAAAACGAUUUAUAAACACUUUUUGAUAUAUGUUCAUAGUGGCAAACAAAAACGUGAAUAA